GAGACGCCGCCAAGACGAAGGCGCAACAGUCUCAGACACAACUCCCGCAACAGCAGAUUUCAUCUUCUCCUCUCGUGGAGGAAUCUUCGGAUCAGCCGGCCAGGCCAAUUCAUCAUCAUCUUCAUCAUCAUCAUCAUCAGCCCCAGCCUGCGACACGGUCGUUGUUGCUUCUCCUAUAAUCUCCACUCCUCUCUAUGUCUCCCCUGGUGCAACUGUUUCUUCCCCCUUCGACUCUUCCACUAAUCCCAAAAGAACCAGAUACACCAGUGGCCAAUGGAAGCUUCUCCCUUCUCCUUCCUCUCAGCAAAUCCCUCUACUCCCUCCUGCAGAAUCAAGUCCUUCCCCCUCUCAGCUUCAACCUCAAACCCAACCACGUACGUCUGCUGCUUCCUCAUCAGACACUGCCUCGUCCGAUCCCACCCAAUCUCCUCCUGUGCCGUCUUCUCUUUCUCCGGCCACCGGACCGGAGGGGAGCAAGUCGGAGGGGGAGCUGCAAAUUCACCAUCAAUUCAGGAAAGGGAAGUACGUGAGCCCGGUUUGGAAACCGCACGAGAUGUUGUGGCUGGCGAGAGCUUGGAGGGUCCAGUACCAAGGUGGUGGGUCCGAGUUGGGAGGGUCAUCUUCCAGCAGAACAGAGCAUGUGGAAAGUGGUGUUCAGGCUACAAGAGGCAAAACUAGGGCUGAUAAAGAUAGGGAAGUGGCAGAGUUUCUGCAGAGGCAUGGGGUGAAUAGAGAUGCCAAAACGGCGGGGACUAAAUGGGAUAACAUGCUUGGAGAAUUUAGGAAAGUGUAUGAAUGGGAGAGAGGUGGUGAGAGACAACAUGUUGGGAAAAGCUAUUUUAGACUCUCUCCUUAUGAGAGGAAGGUCCAUAGGCUUCCUGCUUCUUUCGAUGAAGAGGUUUUUGAAGAGCUCUCUCAAUUCAUGGGUUCCAGAAUGAGAACUUCUCACGCCAGAGGUGCCGCUGCUUCUUCCUCCAUUGUUGCCGGGGAUGAUUCUAGACAUAGAGCUCUGCCGACACCUCCGCCGUUUAAAGAAGAUGAACUCCCACUCUCAGCUAGAACGAAGCAGCUGGGGAUGACAAGUGGCGGCGAAGCAUUAUUUCAUGGGCCCAGAGGGAUGAUAUUAGGGUUGGAGCCUCCAUUGGAAAUUGCAGGCCCUUCAUUGGCUUCUUCUUCUUCUUCAAAGGAGCUCCGACGAAUCGGGAAGAUAAGAAUGACAUGGGAGGAGUCAGUGAGCUUGUGGGCGGAAGAAGGUGAACUUCAUAGAGGUCGAGUGAGGCUCCAAAAUUCAAGCUUUCUGAAGGCAGAUGAGCUAUCUUUCUUCGACGAUUCAAUGGUGCUUUGCACCAUGGAGUGUUUCGAAGAUGGUCCCUUAAAAGGUUUCUCUGUUGAUAGAUUCGUUUCCGGACAACAAGUCAAAGUCUUUGGCAGAAGAAAGUAUUCUCCCUCAGCCUCUGCUUCUGCUUCUGGUUUUCCUGAGAGAGUUCAGCCCCCUUACUCCGAACCCUUGAUAAGAUCAACGCCUCCAUGGGAAUUUCAGGACCCAACUGAGUACUACAUGGGAUGCUUACGUGUCUCACCACAAUCACUCCCAACGUUGUAUGAGCUGUCGUGGCAUGUCCAGGAGCCUCCAAUGGAAGAACUUCGCUUUCCUUUGAGGAAAGAUGUGUACAAGGACUUGCCUCUCGGGAAGGAACUAUUCUUCACAGCUUCAUCUGAACCGUUGGAUUGUAGGGCCAUCAUGUACGACAUCGUAAGUCCAAUCAUUCGUCCCAACCCUAGUCUCACUCACGCCACUUCAUCCACCCGGGAAUCUCUCAUUUCCCUCUGGGACGAUUGCAUUAAUAGGGUCGUCUCCAAGUUCUGUCCCCUAGAAAUGCUUGUCACCAGAAAACCCACUUCUUUAGGUAAUUCCACUGAGUUAUUAUUGCAAGAUCAAUGGCCUAAUGUGACUGGUUUCGUCAGAAAUUAUUGCUUGUGGAGAGGGGAAGAAACUGACCAAGUUAAAGAAGGUCAACUCGAUCCAUCAUCAACGAUAGCUGAGAAACUCUUGUGGACAUAUCUUGAUCUCCCUUACAUCCUCGGAUAUUACGCUGUUGGUCACGUGGUAACAUUCUGUGCACUGAGUAGAUCACAAGACCGAAUCACCCGUACCGAUUUGUACACUCUUGACCUAUCAUCACCCACAGAGAGAAUCAAAGCCUUAGUGCCUUGCUACAGAAUUGGUUUGUUACUUCCUUUGUUAGCUGAAAGAUGCUUCCAUAUGAACAGUUGUGGGAACUAUAAGUUGUUCGCUUACAGUGAUUUUGAAAGGGUUGAUCUGGGAAAUGGGAAUUUAAUAGAGAUGACUCCAAUUACAUGCACGAGAAUAUUUCAGAGUAAGAGAAAAUGGGUUGCGGUGAAAGAAAUUUACGAGAUCUUGGACCAUCGAAUCCCACAUGCUGAGUUCAUAUUCAGGUCGUGCGAGAAAGACCUGAGCUUGGUGUUUAAACCAAGAGGGUGCAAGAUGAAGCCUGAGAAUUGCGAACAGCUAGUGGAGGCUCUCAAGUACGUGACAAAGGCUUUGGUCGCGUUACACGACUUGUCGUUUAUGCAUAGAGACUUGGGUUGGGACAAGGUGAUGAGGAGGUGUGAUAGAGAGAACGAGUGGUUCGUGUGUGGGUUCGACGAGGCGGUGGGAGCACCGCAGCUGUAUCCUUACAUGGUGGCGGGUGGGGAGGCGGCGCGUGGGAGACAUGCGCCGGAGAUGGGGAGGGGGUUGCACACAGUGAAGGUGGACGUGUGGGGAGUGGGGUAUCUGAUAAAGACAAGCGGGCUGUCCGGCGUGCCUAAGAUGCUGAGAGAACUUCAGAAUCGGUGCAUGGAACAAAACGCCGAGCAGAGACCGACGGCGGCGGACUGCUACCACCACCUGUUGCAGUUGCAGUCGUCGCUGUCAGGUGCCGCCGGUGGAGGGUUGAUGUGA